CGCACAAAUGCAAUGUUUUCUUUGGUGUCUUCCGUGUAUGAUGCAUUAAUCAAAACACCCUAAUUAUUUCUUUGAUUAGGCUAUAGAUGCGAUUAAUGCCUCUUGAACGAAACGGGGUCGCUGUAAUGACAUUUAGACUUCGAAUGCAAAUACACUUAUGCUGCUUUUAUGUUUUCAAAAACGUUCGAAGCGAGAGUGCAGAUUUGUGGAUUGAAAUGAAUGCAAGACUGUGAAAAAGAAUGUCUUGACAUGAGCGUCCAUACAUAUACGAGAUUCACAGCGUGGACGCUAUCGUUAUCUGCAGCAAUCAGAUUGAACGGAUCAAAGUGCAUUGAGACAUGAGGUCGUUUCGGGAGAUCGGACACGCAUAGAAGUGCUUGUGAAACGCAAUACUCUCAAAACGCAUUCAGGAAGAGUUUCAUGGUCUUACAGAUGCGUCGACUCAGUUAAAGGUAGCAAAACAUGGAGAAAAACUCAUACUGGAAAGAGUUAAAAGAGUCCAUCAGUGUCGUACAGUUCAUAUAUACAUUCCUCUGCUUGGGAGUGACAUGUCUUCUCUUGAUGACAUACCUCAUGUUUACAUCUCUCUGGAUUAUCCCAGCACUGUACUUUUCCUGGGAAGUCUUGGACUGGCACACACCAGAACGAGGGGGCAGAAGAACUGCAUUUGUGCGAAACUUUCGAGUGUGGAAACACAUGAGAAAUUAUUUUCCUGUGAAGUUGGUGAAGACAGCUGAGCUGAGCCCAAGUAAGAACUACAUCCUGGGAUCCCACCCCCAUGGGAUCAUGUGUUGUGGAGCUUUCACCUGUUUUGGUACAGAGGCCUGUGGUUUCAAGGAGGCUUUCCCAGGAGUGACCUCCUGUCUGGCCACCCUGGGGGGACUCUUCCGGAUACCGCUGUUCAGAGACUAUAUCAUGGCCGCAGGCAUUUAUCCAGUAAGCAAGCCAAGUAUUGAGCACCUGUUGACAAAGUGUGGAACUGGGAAUGCAGUGGUCAUCGUCGUCGGUGGUGCAGAAGAGUCCCUCACCUCCUCUCCAGGAGUCAACACUGUAGUCAUGAAGAACAGGAAGGGCUUUGUCAAGCUGGCGCUUGAGUAUGGAGCUGACCUGGUGCCAGUGUACUCGUUCGGUGAGAACGACCUCUUCAGGCAAGUGAAGUUUUCUGAGGGCAGCAUGGGCCGUCGGUUUCAGGCCAUCUUUAAGAAGGUCAUGGGCUUCGCCCCGUGCCUCUUCAAGGGGGAGCGCUGGCUACUGAUGCCCUACAAGAGUCCCGUCUUCACCGUCGUGGGAAGUCCCAUCUCAGUGCCCAAGGUACCGUCUCCCUCUCAGGAACAGGUUGAUCACUAUCACCAGCUUUAUAUGGAAGGCUUAACCAAACUCUUCCACAAGCACAAGACUAGCUGUGGCCUGGAGGAAACCCACCAGAUCUGCAUCACUUAAAUGCUGUUGCAUUCCGGAAUGAGACCGAGACCAAGCCAAAGACAUUCCCAAAAGAGAAGUGCCUGUUUAAGCAUCCAUACAGGAUGAUUGAUUAUUUAUGUUAUUUUGUUGAAAUGGUGCAUAAUAAUGUUGUAUCUGUUUACCAAUUGUACAAAAUGUUUAAAGAUCAUUAAUUUAUGAUAUUCAAUUAGUCUUGUAAGAUUUGGAUGAAUGUAGUGGCUCUGCAUUGCUUUUAUUCAUGGGAUGUAUGGAUGAUUUUCAUAUAGAUGGCAAAGAAAUCUGUGAAUAUAUUAUACUUCUAAGUAAUAUUUCUGGACAAAUGUCCACUUCAAUCAGUGAUUUCCUACUGAAAGGGGAAUUCCGGCAGUCAGACAGCUACAGCGCUACACUCUGGGGGCAAGAAAAUGGAGGCUCACGAAUUUAGCCCCAGUAUAGCAAUGUCGCGGGUUUUUUGUACCGACGGUACUCAGUGACCUCGAGAAACUGAGAUCUAUGUGAAAAAUCGCUGGAAUUCCCUUUUGCCAUCUUUUAAAUUUAACUUGCUAAUUGUUCAGCUACUUUCACAUGAUUUUAUUAGCAUGUUGACUGUUUCUAUCAUCUCCUUGCUGCUUUUGCCAUGGUCUUUUUGAUCUGCAGAUGUGUUAUUUUAUUUACUUGCACCUAACAUCCAAUCAACAAAAUGACCUAAGAAGCAAAUUUGUAGUUGUCACUCACAGAACAGAACAGAUCCCUCUAUCUGUACAUGAGGUUGCCAAGAUAAAUGCAUAUUCCACAAAAGACAACAUAGCUUUGGAGAACAUGAGGACAACAUAUAAGGACAAACAAAACUCAAUAGUCAAUGGUACAUAAAUAAAUAAUGUCAGAACUGGACACUUGGAAUAAGUGGUAGCUCGGGAGACAGUUCUCCUGUAUCAACCCAUUGGAGGUUGUGAGGGUCCUGAACUUGUUUCAAGGGUUCCAUGCACUGAUCUCAUCUGUUUAUUUUGUGAAAUAUUAUGUAUGCUUUGUCAACUAAUGAUUGAAACUAUUUUGUAAGUGCUA